UUGGUUAAUGAGGAGGAAGUUUUGGGGAAGGUGUCAGUAGAGGUUGUGGUCAGUGACAGCCAUGGAGUUGGUGUAUCACGAGAAGCAAGAUGGGCUGUUGUGUGGCCAACAUUGUCUCAACAACCUCCUCCAGGGUCAGUACUUCACUGCUGUAGAUCUGGCAGACAUAGCACAGCAGAUGGACCAAGCUGAACAGAGUCACAUGGCCGAGUUGGGCAUGCACACUGAUGAAUUUAGACGGUUUAUGGAGCAACCCUCAGUGAACAUGGACGACAGCGGUAUGUUCAGCGUCCAGGUGCUGACCUCCGCCCUGCGAGUAUGGGAUCUCACUCUGGUGCCAUAUGCCUCCACUAAUGCUUUAGCAAGAGCGGCACGGGACAAUCCAAUAGAACAACAGGCAUAUAUUUGUAACUUCAAGGAACACUGGCUGACAGUACGGAAACUGGGCCAUCAGUGGUUCAACCUGAAUAGCCUCCUCUCACAACCUGAGCUGAUCUCCAAUACUUAUCUGGCACUGUUCCUCACACAGCUCAUGCAUGAAGGUUAUUCAAUAUUUGUGGUAGAUGGUAAGCUGCCUCCAUCUGAGGCAGAUGAGACACUUCGUCUUCACCCAGCACAACAGACCACCAAACCCAGGCUGCUCUCUGAGGUAUCAGACGAAAGGAAUAACAGCAACGAGGACAGUGACUUGAAGGCAGCCCUCGCAGCCAGUCUGGCUAAUGUUGCCUCAUCCCAGGGUGAACCAUCCCAUGUGGAGGGACAUGAUGAUCUACAAGCUGCCAUACAAAUGUCUCUCCAAAAGGCAUCCACCCUACACAAGCCUCACACCCCUACAGAAGAUGACUUGGAGAAGGCCCUGCAGCUGAGCCUAUCUAGUGAGGGGGAACAAGCUACCCCAACAAAUCAGAUUGUGGCAGGACCUUCCCAUGAGGAAGAGUACCUGGAGGCAGCUAUUCGUUUGAGUUUAGGUCAGCACAGUCCAGAGGCUACAGAUGAUGACCUGGAAAGAGCUUUGCAACUGAGCCUGUCUACAGAGUCAGAAAAAAAUAGUCCAUCAGAUCACUCUGCAGGAUACUCAUCCACCAAGAACCAACUCCCUCACAGUCAUCACAGUCCAGAGGCUGCAGCCUCCAGCACUCAUGAUGAACCAGACGUCGAAGAAAUUCGCAAGAGACGACUUGCCUUCUUAAGCAAGCAGAAGACACCUUGACCUUCCUAGUAACGGCCGCUUCUCCUGUGAGGAGGAUUGUGAUGUAUUCGUUAACUACCGCAUAAGCUGCCUUUAUGGAAUAUAAUUCCACACCUUGUUCAACAUGAAUCAGGUCAAUUUAUACCAGUGUGCUUAUUUUGUAAGUGAACUAUUCUGAGCACAAUAUAAACUGUCUGCAUAUAAUUGUACAGUAAAAGGAUUUCUUAAUAUAUUUGGAUAAGUUUGUGUGUGUGUGUAAGUGUGCUCCUGUAUGUAUGUAUGUAUGUAUUUAGAGGAUUUUGACUCUACAGACUUUAGUUUAUUGUUAUAUUUUUAAUACUACAUCACCCUGAGGAAGCUUCUUUCUGAGAGAGAGAGAGAGAGAGAGUGACCACGAGGAUCCUCUACCACAUCUGAUACCCCCUAUGGUUUAACUUAUCUCCCUCUACCCAAUAGUAGUGAUUCAUAAGACCUUAUUGGCAGUAAAACAGCACCAGGGUGACAACUAUUCUUGGAGUAAAAUUUGACAGCAUCAGUAUUAAUAAACAGAAGAUGUUGACAGUGGGAAAGAUAUUUGAACUUUCAUAAUUCCAUAAUAUACUGGUUUAUGGAGGUUGUAGUCAGGAUGACACAUCUUCUGGUGAGCUGGCCAAUACAUUAAUAAUCAUCAUAAACUCAUGGAUAGACCUGUGUAUGUGUGUGUGCGUGCGUGUGUUCAUUUAAACUUAAUAAAAACUUCUAUGCAAGAAAUACAUUCAUAAUCAAUCUGAUUGAGAAAGAACCAUUGUUUGUUCUUUUAUAGAAAUAUGUACAGUACAGUAUAGUCUGGUUUACGCGGUUAAUUAAACCCAUGGAGGUCCGUGUAUAAAGUGAAACGCGUAAAUAAAAUAACAGAACAUAUGGGAUUAAUUGAAAUAGAGACUGG